UAUCAUAACAACAACAACGUAUCGUCUGCAGUCAGUCGCCGCCAGUCGAAGAUAGGUCGAGGUCGUUGUCAUAUAUACCAAUCGGGCGGCAUUUUAAAUUUUAGUAUUUUCGUUUCUACCAAUGUACUUCUAUAUAUAAUUGUGCAGUCCAACCUAAAGCAGCAAAAAUGACGAACGCGGUGUCUAAAAUGAUUGAAAAUACAUCGCGAAAGCUCAAUGUUAGUGAAGCUAAUCUUUCCAAGGGUGGUCUGUCCAUAGUAGUGGCAUUUUAUAUUUAUAAGGUACUUUAUCCGAAGUUAAGAAAUGUUUAUCACGCGACAAAACCGGAGCAGAAGCAAGAACUGCAAGAAAUUGCCCGGAGAAUAAAGAAGACCGGGCCUUCAGUAAACAGGGAGUUUUUCUUGCAGUUGAAGAAAUUAAUCGGAAUCAUCAUCCCUGGACCAUGGUCCAAACCAGCAGCUUUACUGUACAUUCACACGUUGACGCUUAUAGCAAGAACAUUUCUGUCAAUAUAUGUAGCUCAGUUGGAGGGUCGAGUGGUUAAAUACAUUGUGCGGAGAGACAUAGUAAAUUUUGCUGUAAUGAUGUCAAAAUGGAUUUCCAUUGCCAUACCAGCAACCUUUGUGAAUUCCAUGAUCAGGUUUCUCGAGUCUCACUUGGCACUCUCAUUUCGUUCUCGUCUUGUACGAUAUUCUUACGAUCUUUACUUCAAGAACCAGUGCUACUACCGUGUAUCUAAUCUCGAUGGCCGUUUAGAAAAUGCCGAUCACUGCCUUACUGAUGAUAUUACAGCGUUCACGUCAAGUAUUGCUCAUCUGUAUUCGCAUAUCACAAAACCAAUGCUAGAUACGCUGCUCAUCACCUUGUCUCUUUACAACCUUGCUAAUGCUCGAGGUGGUGCAAGUAUACCAGGACCAGCUCUAGGGACUUUAGUUGUGAUCAUCACAGGGAGAAUUUUACGGCGUGUGUCACCUAAGUUUGGAAUGUUGGUUGCAGAAGAAGCUCAUCGAAAAGGUUAUCUUCGUGCCAUACAUUCUCGAAUCAUUACAAAUGCGGAAGAAAUUGCAUUCUAUGGAGGCCAUAAGAACCAGAAAUUCUGGACAUGUGCCCUGCUAAUGUUUGAAAAAGAAUACAAGAAAGAAGAAGCUGCCAUCUUGAAAGCAAAUGCUGAACAUAUUAGCGUAGGUUAUGCAAAGCAUUUACUCAAUCGACAACAUAAUUUUGCUCACGCGGUUAAGAUGCCACCAAAAGAUUAUAAUCCACUACCCCUUACUACCACAGGGGGACCAGUGGUAGCACCUGGCCCAUCAGGUGCAUCUCCCUUAGUGGUAGUAGGCCCAGCCAUCUUGGGUCAAGUGCUCAGCUUAUAA